UUUAAUUUAACCGGAAAAUUAUUUCGUAACCCGGAAGUAAAACAUCGGUGUAACUCUGUAAACAGCGUAACUACAAACCGCGUCAAUGGGAGUCACUUGUGUGUGUCAAGUGCCUGUGGCGGAGGGGAAGAGUGUGCAGCAUACAGUCGACGUUCUGCACAAGAAACUGGAGCAGAUGGGCUCUGUGAAGCAGGGCAGCUUCUGUGUGGACUGUGAGACCUACCAUGCUACAAAUGUCAGCGGUCAGCCGUCCAAACUACUAUAUGUAAUGCACAACUCAGAGACUCCCCGAAGCUGCAUGGCUCUGUACGAAGGAGGACCCUGCAUCGUAGCUGACGCAAACUUCGAUGUCCUCAUGGUGAAACUAAAAAGUCACUUCCAGAAUGCUAAGGGACACAAGGUGGAGUGUCGAGGUUCAAGAUAUCGUUACUGUGAUUUCUUGAUAAAAGUUGGUACAGUGACAAUGAGCUCGAGUGCCAGAGGAAUAUCAGUCGAGGUGGAGUACUGUCCCUGUGUGGUUCCAGGGGACUGCUGGAAUCUUAUGAAGGAGUUCAUGCAGUCCUUCCUGGGCCCCAGUGUUCCUGAGUUGCCAUCUGUAUUUGCAACUAAACCCGAAGGACUGUUCGCACAGGCCGAGAUUGUCGACACCAUGACUCAGUACCUGGAGUUAUUUAACAAGCUUAGGAAAUCACAAAUUCCAGGGAGUAAUGUGCGUUAAAGAAAUAGCAGAAGAAACACAUUUAUUUCAUACAGUUUGUAUUGAUGUUCCUUUGAUUCCUGUCUUUUGAAAUAUCAAAAUAAAAAGUUUUGGGUUUUUUUGUAAA